UUUGGGGAUUUGGACCGUGGUUGGUGCGGUUCUCAGCCCUGCGAUCGAUGGCGAGUCGGCGGGGGAAAUGCGGCGAAGGUAGUACCGCCAAGCAGUGCAGAGGAAUGGUCGGGGCAACCUCUUCGCAGAAUAUUGACUUGUGUGGUAGAGUGCAUUGAAGAAACCCAAGCUGAAGAAGAUUGCCAGUGUGGAAGUGCUUGUUCUCAGGCACGCACACUGUCAGGAGGCACCGCACUGUCUGAGCUGUCGGAAAUUAGUCAUCAAAUCGUGGAACAAGAGAUGUCUUCUCCCUCUGUGGCAGCAUUUGGGUCAAAAUUCAAAAAGAAGCAUAUCCGACCGAAGCACCAGAAAGUCAAAUUGUUCAGAGCAAAUGAGCCCUUGCUUUCAGUUUUGAUGUGGGGCGUGAACCAUACAAUAAAUCAACUUACUCACAUCAACAUACCUGUGAUGCUAAUGCCAGAUGACUUUAAGUCAUACUCUAAGAUCAGAGUGGACAACUACCUCUUCAACAAGGAGAACAUGCCCAGCCACUUCAAGGUCAAGGAGUACUGUCCGCUGGUCUUCAGGAAUCUGCGCGAGAGGUUCAACAUUCACGACCAUGAUUACAUGCACUCCCUGACCAGGUCCGAGGCUACGCCCAUGGACUCGCCGGGCAAGUCUGGCGCCAAGUUCUACCAGUCGUACGACAAGCUGUACAUCAUCAAGGCCCUGACCAGCGAGGAGGUCGAGCUGAUGCAUUCAUUCCUGAAGGAGUACCACCCGUACAUCGUGGAGAGGCACGGCAAGACGCUGCUGCCCCAGUACCUGGGCAUGUACCGGUUCACGGUGGACGGCCUGGAGCACUACCUGGUCGUCAUGAGGAACGUCUUCAGCAACCACCUGCCGCUGCACAAGAAGUACGACCUGAAGGGUUCCACGGUCGACCGGGAUGCCACCACCAAGGAGCUGCGCAAGGAACUGCCUACGCUCAAGGACAACGACUUCGUCAAGGACGGCAUGCACGUGGUGAUCGGCGACCUGGCCAAGGAUAAGCUGAUGGACACGCUGUCCGCCGAUGUCGCGUUCCUUACCCGUCUCCAGCUGAUGGACUACUCGCUCCUGCUGGGCGUGCACGACGUGGAGCGGCACGAGCGCGAGCGGCAAGACGAGUCGCGUGAGCCGGAUGAAGAGGGCGCGCUGGUGGAGGAGGAGGACGACUCGUGCGGCUCGGGCUGCGCGCCCGGCGGCGGCCCGUCCAGCGUUCCCACGCCGCCCGACUCGCCGCAGAUCGCCGACCGCCAGCGCCUCUGCUCGGACGACAUCGACCCGCACAAGGAUAUCUACGCCAUUCCGAGCAGCGAGGGCGACGGCUCGACCAAGUUCAUCUACUUCCUGGCCAUCAUCGACGUGCUCACGCACUACGGCGUGAAGAAGCAGGCGGCCAAGGCGGCCAAGACGGUCAAGUACGGCAGCGGCGUGGAGGGCAUCUCCACGGUGGGGCCGGAGGUGUACGGCCGCCGCUUCCUCGAGUUCAUGCAGCAGGCGAUCGCGUAGGCGGCGGCGGCGCCGGCAGACCGAUCUCAAAGAGUGCGGCGCGCCGGGACCGGCCCUAGUCAGGCCGCGCGUUCGCCGGCGGACUUGUGAUACGGGGCGGGCCCGCUGGGUGGCGCUCAAGUCCGCUGUCCCCCCCCCCCCCCUCCCUGCCUCAGGCGGCGGCGCCCGGGCGGUCGCGGCGCCGCCCCCGCUGGCCACGUAUUGUCGCCCUGGAGUAGACGCUUGCCCGCUUUUGUGAUGUGCUCCGCGGCCGUCACGGCGCAGACGCGCCCCCGUGCGUGGUUAGUGCGCGCGGUGUGCGGGUGUCGGCGACCGGACUCCGGAGGCGGCGGCGGUGUGGCCUGUGGUCUGCGCCCGACUCCAGCCGCCUUCGGGAGCCGAGCGCCGCCGAGACCGCAGGGGCUUGGUCUGAAGGUGUCAUGUGUUAGGCAGAGUGUGUGCGGACGCGCUGACGUUGGCCGAAGAGCGGCUAGAGGGAGGGCCGAGGUGCGGAGCCUGGCUCAGCCCGGCCUAACUUGACGGCCGAGUCCGUACCUCGACCACCCCAGCCGCCAUUCCCGCUUCUGCCCCCGCCAGUCAGUGGGUCGUAUUGCCCGGUCGGGUGAGCCUGCCGUGUUGCGCGCGGUGCCCUGGCCCAUGCCGCAGCCAUGUCGACCACCCUCGCAGUCGUUUCUUGCCGCGCGCGGCCCGCCGGGGGGCAGGCACGUGCCUGGGCGGUGGCCGAGGCCAUGUUCGCAGUGCCGUGCCCGAUCGCUCGACGCCCAGCUACUCAGAGGGCCUGGAGACGCCGGAGCGGCGCGCUCCGCCCCGCCACGUCACCAGAGCGGGCGGCGGAGGCGCGGCGGAUGGCCGCUGCCCUUCGGAAGCUCCCCCUCCCCGGCGGCGCGGAAUGCUCGCGGACGGGACCCGCCAGCCAGGGCCGGCCAAAGCUGCUCGUCUCAUGCUUUGUUAGCCCAUUAUCGUAAUCAUCUCGUACGCAAUAGAUGGGUUAGCGCAGAGCAGUGUUCUUGCUUCGUUGACCGCCUUGUAGCAAGCGGACCAAACUGCUCCGUUGGCCUGCUUGCCCGUGUGUCCGCUUAUCAGGUGUACCGCUCCCGGGCGCGGUACAAGUGGCGGCCAUAUUUCCGUUCCGCAUUUGUAUUGCAGAUGGGUGUGGUAAGCACAUCAGUCAAAUGAGGGUGCUUCAGGUAGGAAUUACACCGUUUUUGUGCGAAAAUAUAUGGCUUAUGGGAAACUUA